AUGAAGAAUCACAUAGCUAGUCUCGAUGUUCCCACGCCGCCAGCCACCACUAUUCCCACUCUAUCCAGCCCAGCGCCGCUUCUGAGGCCCGCGAUACCUGGAGCUCGCUCAGCUGGUGCCCGCCCGCCUAGGCUCGGCCUGGCUAUCCCUCCUUCUCCAAAUGUGAAACCAGUCGGUGGCGCCCCGGGGCGCCCUCCCCUCCCAACACUACACCUAGCAACACCUAUGGGCAGUUCUGUCACGCCCCAUGAGCAGCCGCCGGGCCGGCCCAGUAUAGUCACACAACAGGGCCAGAGUGCAUCGGGUGGUAGCGAAAGCAGCGCUGCCCACAGUCGUUCAGGCUCCUUCGGACCUCUUGAUGGGCGCACUUCCAACCCCACCAGCGCCGGCUCGCAAUACUCGGCGUUAUCCUUUGCUAGUCACUUUGGCAUAGGGUCUACUCGACCUCAAGGCACUCCCGACCCCGCCUCAGCUGUUGGUUCAAUUUACUCGGAAAGGAGUGAUGGAGGUGCUGGGAUGGACAAGGACGGCAACCUGAAAGGGCUGGAGAACUUUGACAAGCUUACAAUCGACAAGGCGAGGACGGCUGAUGUCGAAGAUCUCGAUGUGGAAGGUUGGAAGAUUGCUAGCAUGGAGAAGCGCAUCGUUGAGCUCGGAGGCCUGGGCGAAGGUGCCGGUGGUGCUGUAACAAGGUGCAAACUGACUGGAGGGAAGACGGUAUUCGCCUUAAAGCAUCAGGUGAUUACGGCCAACCCAGACCCCGAUGUGAAGAAGCAGAUCAUGCGAGAGUUGGAUUUCAACAUCCAAUGCGCUUCAGAACACAUAUGCAGAUACUACGGCGCGUUUGAGGAUCCCUCUACGGCGACAAUCUCUAUCGCGAUGGAGUUUUGCGAAGGAGGGUCUCUCGACAGCAUUUACAAGGAAGUCAAGCGACUUGGCGGACGCACGGGCGAGAAGGUGCUAGGAAAGAUUGCAGAAGGCGUUUUGCGCGGCCUGACUUAUCUCAACUCCAAGAAGAUUAUCCAUCGCGACAUCAAGCCUUCCAACAUCCUUCUCUGCCGCAAUGGUGACGUUAAACUCUGCGACUUUGGAGUGUCGGGCGACUUUGGCACCAAGGGAGAGGCGAACACAUUCAUUGGGACGAGCUACUACAUGGCGCCCGAGCGCAUCACGGGCCAGAGUUACACCAUAACAUCGGACGUCUGGUCGACGGGCGUCACGCUGCUCGAGGUUGCACAACACCGCUUUCCCUUCCCGGCUGACGGCACUGAGAUGGCACCUCGUGCAGGACUCAUUGACCUGCUUACGUACAUCGUGCGGCAGCCGAUUCCAAAGCUGAAAGACGAGCCUUCUGCUCAAAUCUCUUGGAGUGAAAAUUUCAAAUAUUUCAUAGAGUGCUGCCUGGAGAAGGACCCGCAAAGGAGAGCAAGUCCAUGGAGGAUGCUUGAGCACCCGUGGAUGGUUGAUAUGAAGUCUAAGCGUGUUAACAUGACGCGUUAUCUCGCGCAAGUCUGGGGCUGGGACGACAAGGGCGAGGCUAAGCCUGCAGAAUGAUGGAUAUGUGCAUGUGAAUUUCUGGUAGUAUAAGCAUCAGGACACUGCCUAUAGCCACAUUCGAGGAGAUUUUUGGGCCAAGACUCCUUGGCCAAAAGAGAACAAAGAAGAAGUCGAGACGGGGGCCGGACCGGCAGGCUCCCUGAGGAAUAUGGCAUUGGAGCCCGGUUCCUAACCUCGUGCCCAGGCGACCGAGAUUGUCAGGUUCGAAUCACAACCCAGGUCGAUCAAGUCAUUGUACUUGACUGAGCCUGAGGGUUAGCAGUCCGCUUCUGCGAAGACGACUCAAAUGAAUUCUAACAUUUUUACUAUUCUAUCUUCGGACCUUUCACAAUUGUACUCUUUGUUGUUUCCUGGAUCAAGACCUUCGACCCAUCUUUGAGAGGAAGAGAGGAGUGUUUUUUUAUAAAAGAAAAAAAGUUAUAUGCUUGUAUUUAUUUAUAUAUUGCCCUGGCGAGAGCCAUUCUUUGGUUGCUAUCAAAAAUCUACGAGACCUGCUUUCUGCUUUCAUUCUGGGACUAAGCCUAGAUCUAGUGCUAGCACCCCAUCUACUCUAGGUAUACAGCCUGUGGGGCAAAAUGGGUGCAAUACGCAGCCUCACAGCGAGCCAAUACCGCCACCUUGUAUCUCAUUUCUCAUACAAAUCGCGAUUCACAUGGUGUCGGCAAAGACUGCGAAGCAGCGAUUUCAUGGUCGAUGAAGGUAGG